UGAUUCCUUUUGGUUCUAAGUCCAAAAUGGCAACUCUCAAAGAUCAGCUGAUUCAGAAUCUUCUUAAGGAAGAACAUACCCCCCAGAGUAAGAUCACAGUUGUUGGGGUUGGUGCUGUUGGCAUGGCUUGUGCCAUCAGUAUCUUAAUGAAGGACUUGGCAGAUGAACUUGCUCUUGUUGAUGUUAUGGAAGACAAACUGAAGGGAGAGAUGAUGGAUCUCCAGCACAGAAGCCUUUUCCUUAGAACACCAAAAAUUGUCUCUGGCAAAGAUUAUAAUGUGACUGCAAACUCCAAGCUGGUUAUUAUCACAGCUGGGGCACGUCAGCAAGAGGGAGAAAGCCGUCUUAAUUUGGUCCAGCGUAACGUGAACAUCUUUAAGUUCAUCAUUCCUAAUAUCAUAAAAUAUAGCCCAAACUGCAAGUUGCUUGUCGUUUCCAAUCCAUUGGAUAUCUUGACCUUUGUGGCUUGGAAGAUAAGUGGCUUUCCCAAAAACCGUGUUAUUGGAAGUGGUUGCAGUCUGGAUUCAGCCUGGUUCCGUUACCUAAUGGGGGAAAGACUGGGAGUUCACCCAUUAAGCUGUCACGGGUGGGUCCUUGGGGAGCAUGGAGACUCCAGUGUGCCUGUAUGGAGUGGAGUGAACGUUGCUGGUGUCUCUCUGAAGAGUCUGCACCCUGACUUAGGCACUGAUGCAGAUAAGGAACAGUGGAAAGAGGUUCACAAACAGGUGGUUGACAGUGCCUACGAGGUGAUCAAACUGAAAGGCUACACCUCCUGGGCCAUUGGACUGUCUGUGGCAGAUCUGGCCGAAAGUAUAAUGAAGAAUCUUCAUUCUUCAUUCAUCAAUUGGAUGCGGGUGCAUCCAAUUUCCACCAUGAUUAAGGGUCUCUAUGGAAUUAAAGAUGAUGUCUUCCUUAGUGUCCCUUGCAUCUUGGGACAGAAUGGAAUUUCAGAUGUUGUGAAGGUGACUCUGACUUCUGAGGAGGAGGCCUGUUUGAAGAAGAGUGCAGAUACACUUUGGGGGAUCCAAAAGGAGCUGCAGUUUUAAAGUUUUCUAAUGUACCACUUCACUGUCUAGACUAUAGCAGGAUUUUAGUUGGAGGUUGUGUAUAUUGUCCUUAUUAUCUGAUCUGUUACUCAAGUAAUAUUAAAAUGGCCUAAG